AUGGGUCCGCUCCAAUCAAUGCUCAGAGUCCCCGGUGGCUUACCAAAGAACCCUCAAGCGAAUGGAUUAGGAUACAACCCACGCUGUCUCUCCCGCGACAUCAGUCUCCAAUCUUCUUACGAGACCCGAGAUGAAGCCGUCUCAGCACUCCUGAAAGGAUACCCGGACAUUGCUCGCUUUCAGCGCGUCUUUCAAGGAGAGUUCUCAGACGGCAGGAUGGGAGUUCACACUGGUGGUCAUUACACCAUGGGAGGCGACGCUGGAUCUGACUUCUAUAACUCGCCGGCGGACCCGGCUUUCUUCCCUCAUCACGGCAUGAUCGAUCGCGUUUGGUGGACGUGGCAGAAUCUGGAUCUCAAGCAAAGGCAGAAUGCGUUAGCUGGCGGAACGAUCAUUGGGGGGCUGGGAGUAAAUGCCACUCUGAACGACACAUUGACCAUGGGAAGCUAUGUUGGCGUGAAGAAUAUCACAAUCCAGGAUGCGAUGAGUACCCUUGCGGGCCCGUUCUGCUACACAUAUCUGUAG